UUCUCCCUUAAAUAGCUGGAACCAACCGCUUAGUAACAGUCUAUCUUGGGUUGGGCAUUCGCAUAGUGAAGACAUUCGCACUGUCAAGAGACAGUAAAGAUUCAUCAGAAAAAUGAGACUGAAUUCAAUCGUUCCUAAUUUUCAGGCUGAGACCACUCAGGGCCCCAUCGACUUUUACGAGUGGCAAGGAAACUCGUGGGUAGUUAUAUUUUCGCACCCAGCAGAUUUUACACCGGUCUGCACUACUGAGCUUGGUCGCAUUGCUGUCCAUCAGCCCGAGUUUCAAAAGAGGAAUGUUAAACUCCUGGCACAUUCGGUCGACAAGCUCAAGGAUCACGUCGACUGGGUCAAUGACAUCAAGAACUACUGCCAGGACAUCCCCGGGGCCUUUCCGUACCCCAUCGUCGCCGAUGACGAUCGCUCGCUGGCAGUGAAACUCGAUAUGAUCGACGAGCAAUCGAAGGACGAUCCUGAACAUGCGAUCACCGUUCGAGCCCUUUAUGUGGUCAGCCCUGACCAUCGUCUUCGUCUCAGUAUGCAGUACCCCACGUCAACUGGUCGUAAUGUCGAUGAAAUUCUACGUGUAAUUGACUCCUUGCAACUGGUAGAUCGCAAGCCCCAAAUUGCGACACCAGCAAAUUGGGUGCCCGGCGAUAAAGUAAUGAUUCUGCCAACUGUCAAAGACGAGGACCUCGCUGCCCUGUUCCCCGGUGGUGUCGAUAAAGUCGCCAUGCCGUCAGGAAAAAUCUACGUCCGCACAACAACCGAUUACUAAUUAAUCCAAAAACACACCGUUAUCAUCAUCCACAUGUCAGGCUAUUAACGAGGACAUCGGGAUCAAAUAUUUAUCUCUCCCACCGACACCGAGGAAACUAAUCACAAAUUAUCUUGCACGUUUGCACUCCAUAAUUAUCGCACACUUUUUGUUACUCGAUAAAAAACCAAUGUAUUGCGUGAGCUGAAUAAAAAAAAUUUUAUUUCUCA